AUGCUGCCACCUAUGGGAGGGCCCCCUGGGUGUGCCGUCACCCAUGAGGGCACCACCACCUCUGAUGGGGCCCUUGAGGGCGCUGCAGACCCUGGGAGGGCCCCUAGGGGAGCCAUGGCCCCUGGGAGGUCCCGCCACCCCUAUGGUGAUUCCCUGGGCACUACCGCUCCAGGGAGAACCCCUGGCGGGCCCUCCCAGGGGCAUCCCAGGGUCCCUCCCAGAAAGGCAGCGCUCCCAGGGGCCAUCCUUAAGGGUGGUAAUUCCCCCGGGGGACCUUCAAGGAGCAGCAGCACCCUAGGUGCCCUUCAAAAGCCGGUGGUGCCUCCAGGGACCAUUCCAGGUAUGGCCGCGCUCCCAAGGGGCCUCCCAGAGCCAACAGGGGCCCUCCAAGAGGCAGUGGUGACCCUAGGGGCCCCCCCAAGGUCGGCGACGCUUCCAAGGGUCCUCACAGGGGCCCUCCCAGAGGCGACGGUGCACAACGAGCUCUCCCAGUGCCACCAAGGGCCCUCCGUAUGGAUGGCAAUUUCUCCAGGGAGCAGCAGUGCCCCUAUGGGACCCUCCGGGGACGGCGACGCUCCCAGAGGCGACGGCGCCCACCGGGUCCCUCCUAGGGAACCUACUAGGAUGGGGCGCCCCCAGGGGCCACAGCGCUUCAGGGCCUACAAGGACAGGGUCGCCCUCAGGGGCAGAGCUUCAGUGCACUCCCAGGAGCGGUGGCACUUCCAGGGUCCCUACUGGGGGCAACAGCGCCCCCAGGGGCUAACCCAGAGGAGACAGCACAUCUAG